UCGCGAUGGACGACGAGCUACCAGAGGACAUUUUGUCAAGUUCUUUGCUAUCUCUCUACCACUACCAACCGAUAACACUCUCUUCUGCCGGAGCGAUCUUCGUGUACCGCUCACCGCAUUGCCAAGUCACCCUACAAACGCCCGAUACAAAAGCCGCGAACUGGGCCCUGCAUGCUUCGUCCGUUUGGGCUUCGUCUCGUUUUCUGAGUGAUCACAUCGAAUAUCUACACCUGGCGGACCAUAUAAAGCACAGUCAAACAAACAAACACUUGAAAGUGCUCGAGCUGGGAGCAGCUGCGGGACUGCCUAGUAUCGUGAUCGCCAAAACACAUGCUGCCGAUGAGAUACAGGUCGUCGUGACGGACUACCCGGAUGAGGAGCUCAUCCGCACGCUGGCCCAGAACGUCGUUGACAACGGCGUGUCGAGGAACUGUCGAGCACUGGCAUACGACUGGGGCUCUCCAGACUCAUCUCCGCUCUUUGCGCCCGACAACGAAAAGUUCGAUGUGAUCAUUGCUGCCGACACGUUGUGGAAUCCAGAUUUCCACGGGAUAUUCAUCACCGCUCUGAAGUCGACUCUGAAGAAAGCACCCGAUUCGCGUGUCUACCUCUUUGCGGGUCUGCACACAGGACGAUACACAAUUCAAUCAUUUCUUAUCGCGGUGCUCAAGGAAGGAUUCGUGCUGGACAAUGCUUUUGAGCAAGAGACGGCCGGAGAUCAGACACGUGCGUGGAGUGUAGAAAGAGCAGACGGCGAAGACGAGAGCGAAAGGCGUCGUUGGAUAGCAUGCAUAACAUUGAAAUGGGAUUCUGAUACAUGACAGUGGGCUGAGACAGCGUGGAAGUAUGUUAGCCUAUGCACUUUCAGGCCGGCGGGGCGCCGAAAGUGAGCACAUUGAUCGGGCGGUAUCCGGGCUGCAGUUCCUAUCACGGCGUUAACAGGAGAAAAUCCGACCGGGAAAUGACGAGAACGUACGAGGAAAAGCACGACAUUAUCGUCACUGAUGGAGAUAUCAUCCACACCGUAAUGUUCGGUGGUACUCGAAGAAAGCCGGCGUUUGGCUUCGCUCGGAAUCAGGCCCGAUUUGAGGCCCAUGACGACCCAACUCGGGUCAGGCCGAACCGAUGCAUCUGGGAAUGGCGCAAACUCGAUAAUCUUGAGAUACGUCGUCGGUCGCAUGUAUUCGAGAUAGACGACCCGCGACCCAACAAGGAAGGGACGACCCAGUUGACCCUGAUGCUGCGAGAGAUCUUUGACAGUUACGAAUUGACUCCAGUUGGUCCACGGGACAAGAGGAUAAUCGCGGCGCAUGGGCGCAUCUCUGAAGUAGUUCUCGUUGACGAACAUCCAGCUAGAUUGGCUGUUUCCCGAGACAGACUGAACAGGUUUCGCCGCAAGAGCUAGCAAACGGUUGACAGGGUCCGACUGGAACAGGGCCCCAGGAGUGGGACGAUAGAGCGAAUCGUUUGAGCAAAAUUCGAUCAUGAGAUGAGCCCACAUCGGGGGUAGCUCAAACUGCCUGAUCACUGACAUGGUUGCGAUAUCGGAUAUGUCGCAUAGAUUGAGAACAGGCGCAUGUCCGCCUUUUUUGCAGAGAACAAGGAGGAGAUCGUCAUCCAGGAGACGCGCUCCGAGAUCGUCGAUCCACUUUGGACACGGUCAGCGCAGGCACAGAACACAACCGGAUCAACUUACCCGGGCCCCGAGAUUGCGCCAGUCCAUGAGCAAGUGGUUGAUCUGUCCAUUAACGAAAUGAAGAGUGACUACAAGCUUGGAUCCGUGCACCGAAAUCGCGGUCCGCGCAACUGGCAUCGUGUUUUGAGUGGGUAGUUGGUAUGACUCAGCCGAAGCUCGCGGAUGUUGACCAAAUGACCACAAGUCCCGGAAGUGCAGCUGGAUGCCCACGAUCCCCCCUUGGCUAAGAUAGACUUUUCAGUUACAUGCCGAUCACUGGACCAAGUAAACCGACUGGAAGAUAUGAGCCCCGAUGAUAAGGGCUUGGGUAGGAUCGAUGCAGACGGUCUCGAUAGGAGGCGUGGUCAUCCGCAGUCGACGAGUUUCAGCGGGGCUGCGUCCCAGUCGAGCCGAUGGGAGCUCAGCGAUUUCGAGCGUGGAGUACGUUCCAUGAGGUCGAAUCUGAUACAAGAUGCCACCAGAAACGCCUGAAUGAGAAGGGGUCGCGACCUGGAGCUUGUAUUCGUGUGUCCAAGUCAAGUGAGACCACUCCUUCUGGUGGUUCGCCAGCAGAUGCAACCGAGUAACUAUCGGAGCCAUCGAUAAUGCAACACGGCCAUCCUUCAUGCCGCUGCGAGCAAGCUCAUACUUGUAACGGGGCAAGUGGAAGUCCAUGGUUAACCGGCGAAAGCGACGGAACAUCUGGAGUCGCGUUUGAGACAAGCAGCGGUAACGCAGACCGCCAUAUACCUUGGAAACCACAAACAGAGAGCGAGGAUCGAGAUACUUGAGGAGGUGGAUAAGGACAUCGUCGGGGAGAGACACUUUGCGCUUGAGCUUUGAGUAUCGGGAAGGAGCCAUGAUUUGUUUGUCUUGACCAGCAGCCAAUACCGCAAUUUAUACAUCGCGGAGGACGGCAAAGAGGUAUAUUGUACUGUUUCAUCUUAUCGGCAGCAAAACAUGAAUCGUUGUCUUUCAGUUGUUCUUCAUCGUUGCAACUUGCAGGCGCUACCGGACGUUGUUGGUCGGUAAGUCGACAGAAAAAGCUUUUGUGAGCAAGCGCGCCGCAAGCACGCGUUUUGGUGCGCUACCAUGUCAACCAGGUCGAAGGCUCGGGAGGUGAAGGCGCGUCGGGUGCCCGAGCCCCGGCGAUGACAAUAAGAACCGAAGAACGGGGUCGAGGUCGCCAUUUUUGGACAGAGAAGGUCCACGGGAACGAUAUCGAAAAUAGCAAUGUCGGAGAACAAAUGGGAUAAUUGAGCAAUUGUCUGGUGGACUGUUGAGGGUCCAAGUUGAGAGAUCCAGGAGAUCUGUUCGAGCGAAUGGGGCAAGAUACGGAAGAAAGAGCAUGAUGCACUGAACGCCAAGCGCACAGCCACAGCCUUCCUUUCUCAUCGACCAAUAUGGUUUGCGCCAAAUGCGAGAAGAAACUAUCCAAACUCGCUGCGCCAGACCCAUUCACGGCUAGCAGUAGCAGUAUCAAAGAUGGAACACGUAAAGUUGGCGAAAACAAGCUGCUAUCUCGCCCCGGGAGCUCCAAGAAUCGAUUUCAGCCCUAUCAAGGGAAAUGUAAAGACUGUAAGCAGCCGGUGACACAGAAUAAGGGCAAAUACUGUCAUGGAUGUGCAUACAAGAAAGGUCUUUGUGCAAUAUGUGGGAAGCAAGUUCUUGACACGAAGGGCUACGUUAUGUCAAGCAAGUAGCGGCGGGAUUGCAGGUGUACAGUAUGUAUUUCAUAUAAUCUCAUUGUAUCUAUAUCCUACAGCAGUUA